UGUGGAGAAGGCUUCAGAGUUUUGCGACACAUGAGCGGUAACAUACUAAAAAUAAGCACUUUGGGAUUCCUGGGUAUAUAUUUUAAAAUACGUUUUAACUGGUACAAUGCAAAAGUGUUCAAAGUCUUGGGGUUUGCUGUCCAGGGCUGUUGGCAUGCAGUCCUGUAGCAUGAAGCUGUGCUGCAGAGGACGUGUUUUAAUGGGGAGAUGGCAAGCAAAAAAUGGGGUAAACAAUUUUCAGAAUAUCAGGUAUAUCAGUGUAAAUGGAAUAAGAGGCUGCGCUGUUUCCACAACUUCAAGACAGAUUGAUAAAAUACUACCCCGACAUGAUGAUUUCUCCGAAAGACACAUUGGACCAGGCGACAAAGAAAAACGAGAAAUGCUCGGCACUUUGGGUCUCGAGAGUAUUGAGGAAUUAAUUGACAAAACAGUUCCAUCAAGCAUCCGUUUGCGACGGAGUAUGAAAAUGGAUGACCCAGUUUGUGAGAACGAAGUUUUAGAAACUCUAUACAAGAUAGCAAGCAAGAACAAGAGCUGGCGGUCCUACAUUGGAAUGGGUUACUACAACUGCUCAGUGCCACAGGCCAUUCAGCGCAACCUGCUGGAAAACUCUGGAUGGGUUACCCAGUACACUCCAUACCAGCCUGAAGUAUCCCAGGGGCGCCUGGAAAGCUUGCUGAACUACCAGACGAUGGUGUGUGACCUCACAGGCAUGGAUGUGGCCAAUGCCUCCCUAUUGGAUGAAGGUACUGCAGCGGCUGAGGCCAUGCAGCUGUGUCACAGGCACAAUAAGAAAAUUAAGUUUUACAUCGACCCACGCUGCCACCCUCAGACAAUCGCAGUGGUGCAGACAAGAGCCAACUACAUUGGAGUGAUCGCAGAGCUGAAGCAUCCCCACGAGAUGGAUUUCAGUGGUAAAGAUGUCUCUGGUGUGCUGUUCCAGUACCCAGAUACCGAGGGAAGAGUUGAGGACUUUGCAGGACUUGUAGACCGAGCGCAUCAAAAUGGGGCACUGGCAUGCUGUGCUACUGAUCUGCUGGCCAUGUGUGUCCUGAGACCGCCUGGUGAGUUUGGGGUGGACAUCACCCUGGGGAGCUCACAGAGGUUUGGAGUGCCACUCUGCUACGGAGGGCCCCAUGCUGCCUUUUUUGGGGUGAAAGGAAGCCUGGUUAGAAUGAUGCCCGGGAGAAUGGUGGGAGUCACAAGAGAUGCAGCUGGGAAAGAGGUGUAUCGGCUUGCUCUUCAGACACGAGAGCAGCACAUCAGGAGGGAUAAAGCCACCAGCAACAUCUGCACUGCUCAGGCACUGCUGGCAAACAUGGCAGCUAUGUAUGCCAUCUACCAUGGUUCACAGGGGCUGAAGCACAUUGCAAAGAGAGUACACAAUGCUACUCUAAUCUUGUCUGAAGGCCUUAAGCGUGCUGGACACAAGCUGGAACAUGAGAUGUUCUUUGACACCUUGAAGAUUCAGUGUGGAGUGGCCGCCAAAGAGAUCCUAGAUAGGGCUGCUCAGCGUCAGAUGAACCUCCGGCUCUACAGUGAUGAUAUGCUCGGAGUGUCCCUUGACGAGACGGUGACCGAGAGAGAUUUAGACGACCUUCUUUGGGCGUUUGGAUGUGAAUCCUCUGCGGAGUUGAUUGCUGAAAAAAUGGGGGAUGAAAAAAGAGGCAUCUUCGGAACCCCUUUCAAAAGGACAAGCAGUUUUCUCUCGCAUAUGGUUUUUAACAGUUAUCGCUCUGAAACUAAUAUUGUUCGCUACAUGAAAAGACUGGAGAACAAAGACAUUUCCCUUGUACACAGCAUGAUACCAUUGGGUUCUUGCACCAUGAAACUCAACAGUUCUUCUGAACUUUCACCAAUCACUUGGAAGGAGUUUGCGAACGUCCAUCCUUUCGUGCCUCUAGAUCAGGCUCAGGGCUACCAGCAGCUUUUCAGGGAACUGGAGCGGGACUUGUGUGAAAUCACUGGUUACGACAAAAUCUCCUUCCAGCCAAACAGUGGAGCACAAGGAGAAUAUGCUGGCCUGGCUGCCAUUAAAGCCUUUUUAAACGCAAAAGGAGAAGCACACAGGACAGUUUGCCUCAUUCCAAAAUCUGCUCAUGGCACAAACCCAGCCAGUGCACAGAUGGCAGGGAUGAAGAUCCAGUCGGUUGAAGUGGAUAAAAACGGAAGCAUUGAUGUCGCGCACUUAAAAGCCAUGGUGGACAAGCACAAAGAAAACCUGGCUGCUAUCAUGAUCACCUACCCAUCGACAAAUGGUGUGUUUGAGGAGAAUGUUAGUGAUGUUUGCGACCUGAUUCACCAUCAUGGAGGCCAGGUCUACCUUGAUGGCGCCAAUAUGAACGCUCAGGUGGGACUGUGUCGUCCUGGUGACUACGGAUCUGAUGUCUCUCACCUAAACCUGCACAAAACAUUCUGUAUUCCCCACGGAGGGGGUGGCCCUGGAAUGGGACCCAUUGGAGUAAAACAACACCUUGCCCCAUACUUGCCCAGUCAUCCAGUUAUUCCUCUGUCGUCUGACGACAAGGCCCGAUCCCUGGGCACCAUUAGUGCUGCACCGUGGGGUUCAAGUGCAAUUUUACCCGUCUCCUGGGUGUAUAUCAAGAUGAUGGGAGCCAGAGGUCUGACACAUGCAACUGAAAUUGCCAUACUGAAUGCGAACUACAUGGCAAAGAGACUAGAAAGCAAAUACAAAAUCCUUUUCAGGGGUGCAAGAGGAUGUGUUGCUCAUGAAUUUAUCCUUGAUGUGAGACCAUUCAAGAAAUCUGCCAACAUUGAGGCUGUAGAUGUUGCUAAGAGACUACAAGACUAUGGGUUUCACGCCCCGACAAUGUCAUGGCCAGUCAGUGGUACACUGAUGAUCGAGCCCACAGAGUCAGAGGACAAGGCUGAGCUGGACAGAUUCUGUGACGCCUUGAUCAGCAUCCGACAGGAAAUCGCUGACAUUGAGGAGGGCAGAAUGGACUCCAGGAUUAACCCUCUAAAGAUGUCCCCUCACACAUUGGCUUGCAUUUCAUCUUCCAACUGGGAUCGCCCCUACUCCAGAGAAGCUGCAGCUUUUCCAUUGCCCUUUGUGAGACCAGAGAGUAAGUUUUGGCCCACCAUUGCCCGGAUAGAUGACAUCUACGGAGAUCAGCACUUGGUCUGCACUUGCCCGCCAAUGGAAGCUUAUGAAUCUCCAUUUGAACAAAAAAUGGCUUCAUGAAGCUUUACGCAAGGCACUCAAGCUGACAAAAGAUCAGAAACUGAGCAAACCUGUCAAUGAGAAGGGUAUCAUAAUUGUGUUCAGCGGCUAAUAACUUUUUACAAACCAAUUUCUUUGUGCCAGCAUCUAGGCUAACAUAUUUGGUGCUUCAAAAAACUACAGCACUGACUACAACCUAUAGUUGCCUUGACAACCUCUGCACCUUGCUAAACUAAUAACUGUAAUGUUUGUGAUUUACUAUUUGAACAUACUGUACUAUAGUGUACUACCUAUUCUAGUAUUAUAUGGUCUUAUUAAAAAAAUAUUAUGGGAUAUCCUUAAGUGUGUGUGUCUCUUGGAAUGUGAUGUGUUUUUUUUUUUUUUUUUUUUUUUUUAAAUGUAGUGUGUAAUUUUUAAGAGUGUAAACGAAUUGCUUUUAAUUGAAUCAGCUUUUCCUAAUAACAUGUUUUAAAUUGAAUUUUUAAAGGGUGUUGCAGCAUUCCAAUAAAGAAUAUAAUUUUGAAA